GGUGACUCUUCUCUUGGUCACCCCACUCGUAGCGUUCCCAGCACUUCCAUUAUUCAUGCCAUCACAUGAUUAAUUUGGGCAGUUAAAUUCAUAAGAGGUCACAAUUUGAAGAGUUACAGUGUGUUUGCAAGCAAGUUAGGACUAGAAGGAGAUUGGGAAUCGCAAUGGAGGUUCAAACACUGAAUAAUUCGGAAUUCAGUUACUUUAUGAAUCCGCUCGAGCUACUGGAUAGAAUUGAGAAACGAUUUGACGAGAAGCAAGCCAUCUCCUGGAUGAAUGCUCACUGGACUUGGAGCUUUGUGUUCUGUACAAUAUAUCUCGUCCUGGUGUUUGGAGGUCAGCGGUUCAUGAGAGACAGAAAGCCAUUUGAUUUGCGACGAGAGCUGUGUAUGUGGAGCACUGGGCUCAGCGUUUUUAGUUUCUACGCAAUAUACAAGAUCACCCCGAUUGCACAUCGUAUGGUCUACCUUGGAGGUUGGAUGCACGGUAUAUGCGACUCGAGGUCUUACAUUGGCAGCUAUGGUGGGGGGAUAUGGGCCUUCUUGUUCCCACUUUCUAAACUACUAGAGUUAGUGGACACUGCUUUCAUUGUACUCAGGAAACAAAAGAUGGUGUUCCUCCAUUGGUACCAUCACAUCACAGUGUUCAUCUACUGCUGGUAUAGCUAUGCUUUCCCCAUUUCCUCCGGUAUCUGGUUUGGUGUUAUCAAUUUUGCAGUGCACGGGGUGAUGUACGCCUACUACGCUGUGAGGGCCAGUGGGAGACGACCUCCAAAGUGGGUAGCACAGUGUGUCACUUCCAUUCAGCUGUCGCAAAUGUUUGGCGGCAUAUUCCUUAACUACAUGGCCACUAAAGCUAUCAUGGAAAACAGGCAGUGUAACAUUACCCUAUUCAAGGUCGGAAUCUCCAUCUUCUUCUACGUCUCUUAUGCAAUUCUUUUUGGAAACUUUUUCUAUUGGACAUACAUACACAAGAGGGAACCAAAAAAAGAAAAGACAACUGACAAAUUCACUCCCAAAGUAAAUGGUGUUUCGAAAACUACUCAAAAUGGUCAUGUGACAUGUGCGACUAAUGGGAUUCCUAAUGCCAAGACAACUGUAGCAAGUGGGAAAGACUUAUCGCCUGAUACAAGAUACAACCUUCGAUCAAGGAAGAACUGAUUUUAUACUAUAGCUCUUUUCUAUUUAUGAAAUAAUUAUGUGUGCAUAGUAUCAUAUUGUUAGUACAUAUGCUGUUCUCUGUGAGUCCUUGACCUUUCUUGCAAUUUUUGGCAAAUAAUAACAUUUUUUGAUGAGAAA